AUGAGAAGACAUGUUCCCUUCACUGAUGAGGGCAGAGUUCUCCGCGCUUGCUCGGAUCACGGCGAGCAGCCAGUUGAACGGAGAUUUUGUACCGAUCACAGAUCAUUUAAUAAUAUAAAAACAAAAAAAAAACGGCGUCUUGUGUACUCUGAGUGGAUAAACAAUAAACAUCAGGAAUGGUCAGCCGAGGAAUCCCGGCACAAGGUGGUCCGAGCGACUCAAGAUAAAGAGAAAAGUAUCCCACCGGUGCCAAUUAAAACCUAUCAAUGGGAAGAUUUGCGGAGAGCUCGUGAAGUGGGAGCAUAUCCUUGGACCCACCUGCUGAAAACACCUCUGGAGGGAGAAAUCACGGCGGAGGACAUCAUCAGAGAGACCACACCGAGAAGAAGCAUGUCUCGCGAAGUUUCAAAGUCAAGGACACAUUCUCCUGUUGACAGAGAUGUCCAGCGCAUCCUUAACCUGGACUCCUCUCCAGGAAGCAGCAGGAAACAUGGCGAAGAAGGAGAAGAUGAGGGAGUACAUAUACCAAAUUUUUCAAAAGAAGUGUCUUUGGAUUCAGAGGAAGAUAACAUCAACCAGGCAGUGAAAGCAUACAUGGUUAAGAGCCCUGACAACCAACCGAGUACAACGCAAACACAUUUAGCAACACCGAUAGAAAUGCCUAAAAACGUUUCUCCUAAAGGUAUUUUAAAACGUCGAGUGCCGGAACAACAAUACAGCAUAGGAGUGACAGAGGUACGGGAAAAAACAAAAUGUUGUCAUCCAUUAGUAAACAAAAUAAAACAUUUGGCCGACAAGACAUUACAUAAGUUAGAAAAGAUGGAUAGUGAAAAGUCACCAGUAGCUAAGCGAAAGAAAAAUCAAGAAGAUGGUCAAGAAAUAAGACAGCUUAGGUCUUCUCCGGGUGCAGUAAGAAGACAAAAAUUCAGUGCGAUUAAGUUAGGAGAUUCUGAUGAAAUGAGUAAGACUAUGAGUGUCGAUACACCUCCUCCUAGAAAAAAGAAAGAACAUAUUUACGAAGAUAUUGAGGAAUCAAAACACGCAGAGCCUGAAAAAUCUCUUCAGUUUUCUCCAAAUGUAGAAGAACGCAACUUUGACAGAGAAGAUGAUGGCAAAAGUAACAAGGAGAAUGAAAGCAUAUCUGAGAAAAAGUCAGUGUCUUCCUAUGAUCCGAGCUUAGUGGCAGACGAUACAACAUCACUGAAACCUGAGGAGCAUAUAAUGGAGAAAUUACACAAAAAAGAUAAUACCAACAACGAGGCAGUGUUAUUAGACGAGGAAAUGGACCCAGAAGAGCCAAAUGUAGAUGAAAUAUUUCAGAACCAGUUAGAGGAAACUAGACCUAAAAAUGACUCGCCAAAUAUAACAAUCACCGAAAUAAUUGAUGAAGAUAUAGAAGUAACCAUCGAACAAACCAACACCAUCCCAAUAGAGUCCUCACCCAGUCCCAGCCCACUGGGAAACAAGGAGAACAGAAAUGACGUCGUCUUUGAAAGAGAAUGGUCUAAACCCAGCAGUGAUCACGAAUAUGAAAUCAUCGAGAAACCCAAUAUGGUAUAUACCGCACCUAGCGUAGAUGAAAAACCGGCGUUGGUUAAAACUGAUGACGAGCUGUCAAGCACAACGUCUUUAGAACGGAAAUAUUUACAGCAUGCGUCUGAUGAGGAAGAGCAACCCGAAGAAAAAGAAAACAUACAUGAUAUCAGAAACGACGAAAUCCUUAGUGCUGAGGCACUGCAAAAAGAUAUUGAGGAUCGUUAUUUCGUAAAUACACCAUCAACAGUAUCAAGAACCGAAUGCGAAGUGAGCACGAGUCAAGUGGAUUCAUCUGCAUUGGAAAAUUUGCCUCUCAAACGUGACAGCCGAUCGAAAAAUAACGAAACUACUGAAAGCAAAAUUCAACAACGAAUCAAAGAAGGAACUGGAAAAUUAAAAUCACAAGCAGAUAAACUGAAAACUAAAUUGCAAAGCAUAAAAUCAAAACAAUUUUCAAUGCCGGAGAAAGCAAGAAUUAAUUUUCCAGAUCGGCCGAAAUUCAAAAUGCCAGAGCGCCCUAAAAUAUCACUCCCAGAUAGACCAAAAUUCACUCUUCCAGACAGAAGGAAGUUUAGUCUUCCAGAUCGACCGAAAUUCAAGAAAAUUAAUAUAUCUGAAAAAUUAACAAUCAAAGACCGAAAAAAGUUUACUUUGCCAGAUAGACCUAAAUUUAAUGUUCCUGAUCUUCCUAAGUUCAAGAUGCCAGAGAGACCAAAAAUUAAUUUUCCCAGCUUAGGUCGAAAAAAGGAAUACAAGGUAGAUACUGAUACAACUGAAUUAAGUAGUAACUCACAAAAUGUAGCCACUGUAGAUUUUGAAGCGAAAACUUUCCCAAGAUUAUUUAACCGAAAAAAGAAAGCCGAAAUUCAAAAAACCUCAUCAUCACCUACAUUGAACAGAGAUGACACUCCACCUCCAACAUUCACAUUUACACGAAUGAAGAAAUCUAAAGAGGAGCCUUCUUCUUAUAUUCCUGAUAGUCCAGAGCAACCACGAGAAUAUGGUAACAUUGACCACGAUGACGAAAACCUAGCCAGUGAAGUUCAACCGAGGAAGCAAUUUGAAACAACAUACGAUUUCGAUAAAAUGGACACAGAAUACCUAGAUGAGGAGCCUGAGCCUUCAGAUUUCAACGAAAAUCGUAACAUUUCAUCAUCAUCCAUACCGAACAUUUCACCGUCUAACCAAGAAUACAGCCAUGUUAUAAACGAAAUUGAUAACGACGAAUUUUUUGUACGACCGAGAGGAAUUUCUCGCGAAAAUAUUCAGGUAAGAGAAUACUUGAGCGAUGAAAUACGACAAGCUUUUAAAAUCCCGAAGAAUGUCCUCGCAAUGAUGGGGAGCAAUACCGGGGUGAACAACGAACAUGAACACGUGUACGACAAUGAGCCGGAGGCCGAUCCAGAGCUUAUGGUGGAUGAAAACGACCAGAUGAGAUAUUCAACGGAAGAUUUGAACGAUAAAGAUGACGGUUACUAUACAUUCCCGCCAGUGAGGCCGUCCCGAGCUAAAAGAAAGAAAAAGGAGACCGAAUCCAUAAAGUACAUAGAUGACAGUGUUAACGCCAGCAUCCAGUUUAGUGAAGUGGAUUUAGGGUUGACUGAAGAUCAGCAUGACGACCAGAUGUUUUCUCACGAAGUUGAUGACCACAGGAUCGAAGAGGACACGUUGGACAGGAUGGUGUUCCCUCCACCAGCAGAUUUGCAUUCAAUUCAUGAAUACGCGAACGAUGACGUCAUCGAGUACCCUGAGAAUGUGCCUAUACAGUCUCAGACGCUGCCAAUGCCUCCGAGGAGGAAAAAGAAGUUUGGGAAAAAGGACAUGAAGCACUCGUCCUUCAACGAUUUCAGUGAAAUACCGCCCUCGGAGCUAUGGGAGGAACCUCACGACCGGACAGACGAUAUUAUCGUGUACCGCACGGAACACGAGUACAUCGUGCCUCCGUCUGAGACGGUGGCCACGCAGCGCAGCCCCGUGCCGCCGCGCCGCAACCGCUCCAGGAGCUCCCGCAGCUCUUUCUGCGACGACGACCGCACCUCGCACGGCGCCGAGUCUCUCACCCUCGACACCCACAUCCCACACAUAGAAGAAAUCGAAGCGGAGCGCGAAAUACGCCAAGAAAGCCCCGGAUACGCCACCGUAGACAAAGGACCUAACGCUCCCAGCAAGGGCAUCCGCAGAUCACUCAGCAAAACACCACCUGCCCGUCGCCGCAAGAGCAACAGCUCGGAACGUAAAUACUACACCGUCGGCUCUACCAAGAGCAUCCCUGACCGACCCCCAAGAAAGAAGUCUUCAACGAGUCUAAUGACCCUAGACAGCUUUUCAAAACGCUCAAUCAGUGGCGAUUUCACGCAAUAUGUAGAAAUCGACGAACCUCAAGUUGAAGAGGUACACAAGGAUUUGAAAUCAGGCGAAGUACUGAGCAAAAUGAAAGACAGGCCUUUGCCACCACCUCCGCGACCACCUAGAGGCCCUAGAAGAAAAAAAAGGAGUAAGGACAAUACUGAAGAUGAUAUAGCAGCUGCGCAAUCUGUGUCUACGACAGAAUUAUCAUCUAUGCCCUUAGAAGAAAGUAGGCCCGAAGACGUAGUCGAGAUAGAGGUUUCAACACAAACAGACCCUCUUCCAGAUGAUGUGGAUUAUGAACUUGGUAUGGAUGAAAAUUUAGAUAUCUCGAUGUCUAGUUCUCUUCGUGAUAUUGUCGACGAGGAAUCAAUCUUGGGUAAAAGCCACAGUAAAAUAGUAGAAAGUCCUCGCUUUUCACGCCCAACUUCUCGUUCAGAGAAAUCUUUUAAAUUUUCAGACCCUAAACUAUCAGAACUGGCCAAAGCAAAUAUUGGCCGUACAUCGCCAACUGUAAUAUUAGUGGAAAGACGCGUGUCAAGUCCAACUCGAAUUAACGAACGGGAAGAAAUGCUUACUGAAGCGUCGCUAACCGUACAACACAUAGAUAUUGAUGAAACUCAGAUUCCAGAUGUACCACCGCUACCAAGGUCAAGAGGUGUUACAAGCCCCGUUCAAAAAUCUAAAACCAUGUCUCCUCCGAACGAUGAACGUGCUUUAGAAAGAGUAACUGAUACAAGCAGGGACAUUCAAUUGGAUAACUUGGUGACACAGCGACUGCAGGUCAGAGAUCUAGAUGUAGGACGACUGAAUGUAUCAGAGCUGCAAGCAAGUAAGAUUUUGGUGUCAGACAUAGAGGGAAUGACUUUACAAGUAACCGAACUGGACUCGAAAUCUGGGCAUAUAUCGGUGAGUGGUAUUGAGUUUUCACAAUCGGUUAUAGACGAGAUCGUAAAGAAGUUUGCUGAAAUAACAACGUCCCAAGCACCGCCCCCUGCGCCUCCUGUACCUCCUCCGCCAGUUGAACACGUAGAAUGUCCAAGACCCGUCAGCAGGGAGGAGGAAACUCAAACAGACGCUCCUCCAGAAGUGCCACCGGGACCCAAAGUGGAAGAGAAGCGUGUCGCAGAAGAAGAUCAAGCACAGGGACCACCUCCCCCUCCCCGACCUAUCAUUGAGGAAAUCUCAACACCUCCUCAAAGACCUCCUCCCCCUGACCUGACUCCACUACUAUACUCUUACCUACAGGAUAUCAAUAUCACGCCUGGAACUUUCUACCCUCCCCGGCAAUUCCGAGAGCGGCCGAUGAGCGAGCACCACGACUCCCAGCAUCAAUCCCCUCCUCCUCCUACCCGACGAGCUAAGAGAAAGCCUGCUGCUCCCCAUUCUGAGUCAAGUUCCGACGACGGAAAGCCGCGUCCUUCACCUAGACGGAUGCCCCCUCCUGUUAGGGCUCACGAGCCAACUAUAACCGAAGCAGGUGCUCAGUUCUUCCGAGUUUGUCAAACCUCUAUCAGUAGGACAAUCCGCAACAUGUUCAACUCUUUGAUGACGUACAUCAGUGGCACCGAGGACAAGAAGGACGUCCAGAUGGCUCUGGUUAUCUUCUUGGUGCUGAUCGCGGGACUGAUCAUGUUUGGCCUCAGCGACAGCAGGACGAUCCACCAUCACCACUGGGAGUUCUUUAACCCACCUGACGGAAAACCAUGAUUUUACAAGACAUUGGCUCACUGUACAGAAUUAUUUUAUUGUUAGAAUCUUAGCUUAUAAUAAUGUAAGUAAGUACAGUGGGCCACAGUUCCUGCUACCCAUUUCCGUUUUUUCUCUCGUUCUCAUCAAAUGGCAAUUCUUUGCGAUAGAACGAGACAACAUGACCGGAAAAGGUUGCUGGAACUGUGGCCCAUAGUACAUACAAAUUAUAAUCCCAUAGCUCUGGAUCAAAAUUAAAUUGUCAUGCAAAUUGUUUUAUCAAAGAUUGUACCGCACUUUUUCACACAAUGAUCUUACCUAAAUCUAAAGUUUGUAUAGAAAAAUAAUAAAGUGUUUAUUAAAAUAACUGUAAGGUAAUUCGACACUUUGGGAAAAAUGCAUUUUUGCAAACCAGACUUUCCACUACAGUUUAUAAAGUUGUCAAUAAACUUGAUUUAUUGUGUAAUGCAUUAAAUAAAUAAUAUUUAAUUAUUGUAAAUAAGGAUAAUGUAAGCUAUAUUUUUUUUCGUCAAUGAAGACACGUUGUACUUUGUGAACUAUCUUAGGCCACCGAUCACAUUUUCAAAUCGUAUUAAUGAGUAAAUUACAAUAAAAAUAACUCCCAAAUUUCUCUCUAUUAUCAAUCAGUUUUACUUAUUUUGGAGAAUGGCGCGUAAGAAAUCUUAUUUUUCAUUUGAAUAACAUUCAACAGGCAACACCUACUCGUACUUUUCUAACUCGUAAAUUGUUUAUACCUACUACUUAUUAAAAAAUACAGUCGAAUGUCAUACAGUCGAAUGUCAGACAAAAAUACAGUCAUCCUUUAUUUGAAGUCGGUUAAAAUACAAAACAGCCGAAUUUCAUAUUUUAGUUACGUCCAGAUUAAAAUUUAAUUACAAUUUAAUUUAUUCCAUGUAAAGUUAUAUUUGAAAUUAAAACUCUUCGAACUUUUUCUAACUAUCAGCCAUUCUCCUUCAAGCCAAUGUUUUGGUCAAAUAAAUUAAUGUUAAAUGUGAUAAUUUAUAGAAAUUAUUUAUUGUUUUAUUACCAAACUAAUUUAUUGUUUCAAAUGUUGCCGAUAGACUGCAGAAACCUCUCGGGAUGGUGUUUAAAUAUAUCGAAAUGUUAUUUAGUUGUAUGUCCUUUCUUUGUUAAAUUAACCGCACUGUUGCAAUAAAUGUAGUGUGUCGGCUGGUGUUAUGCAUUUUAUUAAUGUUUUCUUGUGUAAUUGUAAUAUAAAAUAAAAUUGUAUAAAAUG